AUGUCACUGCUUCCUCUUCAGCUGCUAGUGCUCUCAUGUCUUGUAGCUACAGAGCCACAGGGCCAUUCACUGCAGAAGAAAAGCAGGCGGCCAUUUCAGCACUUUGUCUAUCUAGACAGAAAUCUGCCUGAAGGCAAGAGUUUUCGUGAGCUGGUACAGGAAAACUCAGUAGGUGUUGAGGAAACCCUGGGAGAGUCUAGUGUUUUUAUAGCCAUUCCACAGACAGCAUCUGGAAAUGAAAAGCGAGAGGAGAAAAAAAUGUCUAGAUUCAUUCUUCCCAAUGCAGAACUCCAUGCAGUCCAAGACCUGAGAACAUGGGCAACACCCAGAGAGAUUUAUCCUGUGGAAAACUCUCCAUCCCACUAUUCCAGCAAGAGGGAGGCUAAACCUCUCUAUAGAAAAGAUGCCAAGAAAUUUUGGGACCACUUCAUAUUAAAGAAAAACUCUGCAUCUGAAGAGGUUGUCCUGCCAAUCAAGACCAAUGAAAUGCAUGAAGAAAACUGCAGAACCCUGCCUUUUUCUCAGGGUGUUACUCAUGAGAGCUGUGAGAAGGUGAUGGUAGAGAAUAAUCUGUGUUUUGGAAAAUGUAAUUCUUUUCACGUUCCUGGUCCAGAUCAUCUUUACACCUUUUGUUCUCAUUGCUUGCCCAGCAAGUUCUCCAUGAAGCGCUUGGAUCUCAACUGCACCAGUUCUGUCCCAGUGGUCAAAGAAGUCAUGAUUGUAGAAGAGUGUAAAUGUGAGACUCAGGUUAAAGACCCUGCAAAUGGAUCUCUGCUGUCAGACUUGCAUGCAAAUGUACAUGAGCACAAUUGA